AUGUCUAGCCAAAAUCCCCGUUUCAAAACGUACCGUCGCAUAUUGAACAGCGGUCUCAAUCCACGGGCUGUUCGAGCCGACAGAGAACUGCAGGAGCGUGAAGUCCGCGUGCUCCUUCGAGGACUGGCGAAGUCGCCACAAGACUUCCACGCUCAGCUCCGGAGAAAUGCUGGAGCAGUAGUGCUCAACCUUGCGUACGGCUGGCAGGUCGAAGAGAACGAUGAUUAUCUCGUGUCUCUUGCGGAGGAUGCCUUCGAGAUCUCAGGCAGGAUCCAGAAACCAGGGAGGUGGCUUGUUGAUGUCAUACCCAUUUUACGUUUCAUCCCAUCGUGGUUCCCGGGAGCAGGUUUUCAGCGUGAGGCGGCGGAGGCUCGGAAACAGCUCAGUAAAAUUGACUCUGUCCACCAUACGUGGGCUAAAAAGCAAAUCGUACGCGAUUACACUCCAUCAUUCACGUCACAGCACCUAAAGCCGGAAGAUGGUCGUCUGCCCACCGCGGAAGAGGAAGACAUACUCAAGUGGUGCACUGCAGCCUUCUACGCUGGAGGCGCGGAUACGACGGUAGCUGUAAUGACCACUUUCAUCCUUCGCAUCACCCUUCACCGUGAUAUACAAAAGAGAGCACAGAAUGAAAUCGAUGACGUGGUAGGCAGAGAUAGAUUUGCUGUUCCCGAGGACGAAAAACGGCUUCCGCACGUUGCAGCACUAAUCCAGGAAGUCCUCCGUAUUGCGCCCGUCGCACCAUUUGGGCUUCCACACCGUGUCACGCAAGACGACGAGUAUCUCGGAUACCGUAUCGCGAAAGGGGCAACCGUAAUUGCCAACAUAUGUAUUCUCUCGGCCUUUACGAUUCUCAAGCCAUUGAACGAGAAAGGACAAGAAGUAGACCCGAUCAUCGAGUACACAAGUGGAGUCACGAGCCAUGCUAAACCGUUCAAUUGUCGCAUUGUUCCUCGUGACUUGCCGUUAUUGUCACAUAUCUUGGAGUUCUGA